GCUCGGGGCAGCUGCAGCAACAUUAUUGGAUCGCCAGUCCCCAGAGCAGACACGACUAAGCCGAAAAGAAGCCGCACAGCCAGCCACAUGAUGAAGGGAUUGAUACUCGUGACUGUCCUGUGCCUGACGGCGAGUGGACUGGCAGCUCCUGCCCCCGAUCCAGCGCCAGCUCCUGCUCCUGCACCCGCCCCAGCUCCUGCUCCGUCUGGCAUUGGACUUGGACUGGGGCAUAGCUACGGAGGACUGGGACUAGGACUGGACCUGGGCCACUAUGGCGGCUACCACGGGGGAUACCACGGGGUGGGCCUGGGACUGGGCUUGGGCUACCACGCGCCAAUCAUCUCCAAGACGAUCAUCGGAAAGAGCUACGUAGGCGGCUACGGGCUGGGCCAUGGCUAUGGGUUGGGCCUGGGCCACGGAUACGGUCUGGGGCAUGGCUAUCUGGGGGGCUACGGACACGGACUCUACGGCGGACAUGGCCUGGCUCUGGGCGGCUAUGGCUACGGCCACGGCUGGUAG